UCAUCGAUCAAAGACUAAAAAGCCUUUAGCGGUUCGUGUUUACAGUUAUGAUUGAUCUGUGCCCUGUGCCUCAACGACGAGACAUUUUACAAUUCUUAUACAGGACAUGUCAACUGAUCUUUUAUUCAACUCGCGUCGGUCACCUGUUGUUUGUUUGCAUGGCUGCGUAGCGUCCAGUCAGCCUUUGGCUUCCAACAUCGGCCUUGACAUCCUGAAAAAAGGCGGGAAUGCUGCUGAUGCUGCGGUUGCCAUGGCAGCCGUGCUCGCCGUUACAGAGCCAUGCAGCACUGGGAUUGGUGGAGACAGCUUCUGUCUCUUCUAUGACGCCAGCACUGGCAACGUGCGCGGCCUCAAUGGCAGUGGCAGGACCCCCAGAGCUCAGACCAUUGACUUCCUGGAGGGGCGGGGCUACAGUGUUUCUAACCCGCCCCCUCCCUUCCACGCCCUGAAUGUCACCGUGCCUGGGGCAGCUGCUUGCUGGUCUGAUACUGUCUCACUGUUCGGCAGUCAGCAGCUCUCCCUACAGGAAGUGCUGCGGCCCGCCGCCAAGCUGGCCCUGGUGGGGUUCCCCGUCGCCGAGGUAACCGCCUACCACUGGGCCAAGUGGGUGGCUACCAUGCGAGCCGCCGGGAGGGAAGUGGGCAGUGACUUCCUCAUCAACGGGCAGGCGCCCAAUCACGGCCAAGUGUUCCGUAACCCCGCCCUUUCCCGGACCUUCCAGCUGCUAGGCCAGCAGGGUAAAGCAGGCAUCUACAGCGGUGGAGUGGCAGGAGCCAUCGUUGAUGUCAUCAGAGAGAACGGGGGUGUGAUGACUCCGGAGGACCUGGGCAGCCACGACAGCCAGGAGAUCACACCCAUCUCCACCGACUACAAGGGUGUGAGACUGUGGGAGCCCCCCCCUAAUGGGCAGGGCAUGGCAGCGCUCAUUGCCCUCAACAUCUUGGAGAACUUCCCUGUUAAAGAGUUGGGUCACAACAGCGCCAGCUAUCUCCAUGUUGUGGCUGAAGCUCUGAAGCUGAGUUUAACAGAUACGAUGCAUUACUGCGGCGACCCAGACCAUGUGACCAUGCCGCUGAAAGGCCUACUGGCCAAAGACUACAGCCAUCAGAGGUCCCAGAUUAUCAACAUGGAGAGGGCCCGCGGUGAGGUGGAGCGUGGCGUCCCUACAGGAAGUGACACGGUGUACUUCUGUGUGGUGGAUGGGCAGGGAAACGCCUGCUCCCUGGUCAACAGUAACUACAUGGGCUUUGGGACGGGCCUGGUGCCAGAGGGCUGUGGAUUCUCUCUACAGAACCGUGGCGCCAGCUUCUCCCUGGACCGUAACCACGGUAACUGCAUUGCCGGGGGAAAGCGGCCGUACCACACCAUCAUGGCCGCUAUGCUCACUGACUCCGCCUCCGGACGCCUCCUCUGCUCACUGGGAGUCAUGGGAGCCUUCAUGCAGCCUCAGGGGCAUGUGCAGGUGCUGUUGAACAUGUGUGAGUUUGGUAUGGACCCCCAGCAGGCCCUGGACGCCCCCCGUGUGUUCGUCCAACACGACCCGACAGGCCGGCUGUGGAACAUCAACCUGGAAGAGGGUGUGGACCAGGGAGUGGCUGAAGACCUAAGAAGGCGGGGCCAUGCUGUAAACUGGCCUAUCAGCGGUCACGAGCGCUCCAAGUUUGGGCGGGGUCAGGUCAUCUCGGUUGGAGAUUGGUGGAACAAGGCUGUCCAUCAGGACCCAGGCAUCAGGGUGUUGUGGGCGGGAUCUGACGCCAGAGGGGAUGGCUGUGCUCAGGGAUUCUAGUCCUCUGCUCUCCUCUAGGGGUCGCUGCAGAACUCCAUCCUAGUAUUUUGCCGCUCGAAACCAAAAGAAGUGUUGUUGGUUUGCAAACCCUCCUUGAAUUGUAUUAAUCCUCAGAACUUUGGCCUUUGGACUCUAAAACAGUAUGAUUACUGUUGAAAAACCAAGUUAGAUGACUAUAGCUUUCAUCAACUUAUUUUUGUAAAUUGAAAGGAACUGUCCUACUGUAUGAGAUAAGUUUCACAGCAAAUCACUUGAUUUUUGUAUACAAAACAGAA